AAACUAGUGUUGGGUGGGCGAGCGAAAAAAUUUCGAGAGCAAACGCAGAUGAUCGCCAAGCAAAGGCAGUCGUCGCUACCGGGAUUUGUACUUCGUUCGGUUGGACUUUCAAGAACCUCACGGUGGAAUAGCAAAGCUGUUGUUGUCGUUUUUAAAGCACAUCUAAGGUGGCCUUUAGCACCUAGAGCAUCACACCUCUGAAGAGGCGAGAAGACCAGCUACAGAGUGUUACAGAUACAGAGAGCUCACCAAGAGCUGUUUUUUCUCACUCUCCCUCACAAUCUCUCAUCCCAUCUGUUGGAGCACUUGUGCCAAGGCUCUUUCAUAAGCAGAAAAUCAUCUCUCGUCUUUGAGCGAGACCUUUCCGCAAUUUUAUUGCGUUCUUUUUGGAAAGGCAGCCUUUGGUUUUUGUUGACUAAAAAUCUGCACCUUAGAAAACCUUCAAAGAAGGGCUCACAGCCCAAGACUUUUAGAUUGUUUUUGCUGAAAAAGCAAAGAAUUUCUCUCCUUAGUUCUUUUAACUACCAGCCAGUAACCAUGAUUCACCUGUAUAUACAUAGUAGUCCCACUUAAAUUAAAGUUUUCCCUUUUAAUAAAGCUGUUCCAGCCUCAUCCUGCUCUAGUAUGAGUUAUGACGACUCUAAAUCAAUGCCCAGCAGCGCUCGGGGGCGAGUGGCAAGGGCCGAUGAGAAAGACAGUGACCAGGAAGCAGAGUCAAACUCUCUGAAAACCAGCAGCGGUCAGCCCGGCGCCAAUGGUGCCACUCACGAGCAGGAAAGUGGGAACGGAGGCGGCUCCGUCGGCGGCUCAUCUCCCAGCGUGGGGUCAGGGUCCAGAGGCAGAAGGGGGCCCAACUCUGAAGACAUGGACGGGCUCUCCAGCGGGAACGACUCUGGGGAGAGGGAAAGCGAAGGCGGGAUGGAGAGAGACCGCAGGUCACACGGGCGCCAGUCCGUGCGCAGCUCCCACAGCUCGUCAAACGGCAAGGACUCUGGCAUGAUGCUGGAAACCACAGAGAGCAACAAGAGCUCCAACUCCCAGAGUCUCUCGCCUCCCAGCAGCUCCCUGGCCUACAGCCUGCUGUCGACCAGCUCGGAGCACGACCCCCCCUCCACCUCAGGCUGCAGCAGCAACCAGUCGGCGAGGGUCCAGACCCAGAAAGACCUGAUGAAGGCCAUCAAGGAGCUGAAGCUCCGCCUGCCAACAGAGCGCAAGGCCAAGGGCCACACCAGCACUCUGAACGCACUCAAAUACGCACUUCAGUGUGUCAAACAAGUCCGAGCCAACAAGGAGUACUAUCAUCAGUGGAGCGUGGAGGAGUGUCAUGACUGCAGCCUGGACUUGUCUGCCUUCACAAUUGAGGAGCUUGACAACAUCACUUCAGAAUACACCCUCAAAAACACUGACACUUUCUCCAUGGGCGUGUCAUUCUUGUCGGGAAAGGUCGUGUACGUAUCACCCCAAGGCUCGUCCCUGCUGCGCUGUAAGCCAGAGCGUCUCCAAGGGACCAUGUUUUCGGAGCUUUUGGCCCCGCAGGACGUCAGCACUUUCUACAGCGGCACGGCGCCCUGCCGCCUGCCAAACUGGGCCUCCUGCAUCGGGUCUGCUUCUCCUCCAGUCGACUGCACUCAGGAGAAAUCCAUGUUCUGUCGCAUCAGCGCCGACCAGGCGCAGGGCGGCGAGAUGCGCUACUACCCCUUUCGCCUCACGCCCUACCAGCUCACCAUCAGAGACUCGGACGAUGCUGAGCCACAGCCCUGCUGCUUGCUCAUCGCAGAGAGGGUCCACUCUGGAUACGAAGCUCCUCGUAUCCCUGCAGACAAGAGGAUCUUCACCACCAGUCACACUCCCAGCUGCCUCUUCCAGGAAGUUGACGAAAGGGCAGUACCGUUGUUGGGCUACCUGCCUCAGGACUUGGUGGGAACCCCUGCCCUCCUCAUCAUCCACCCUGAAGACAGGCCCAUAAUGGUGGCUAUACAUGAGAAGAUCUUUCAGUUUGCCGGGCAGCCGUUCGACCACACACCCUUGAGGAUGUGCGCCCGCAAUGGGGAAUAUCUGACCAUCGACACCAGCUGGUCUUCAUUUGUCAAUCCCUGGAGCCGGAAGGUGGCAUUCAUCGUAGGACGCCACAAAGUCAGAACGAGCCCUCUGAAUGAAGACGUGUUCACGACAGCGCAGUGCUGCGAGACUCGGGCCACCACACCCGACGUCGUCCAGCUGAGCGAGAAGAUCCACCGGCUCCUGGUGCAGCCAGUGCACAGCGGCAGCUCCCAGGGCUACAGCUCGCUCGGGUCCAGUGGCUCGCGAGGCUCUCGGCGUUCACACCAGCAGCACUUCGGGGCCUCAGGCGCCUCGUCCAGCGACAGCCCCGGCCCCGCCAUGGACAAAGUUGCUGUUGCGGUCGCUCUACACAAACCUAUGACUUUCCAGCAGAUCUGUAAAGAUGUCCACAUGGUCAAGACUAGUGGACAGCAGGUUUUCAUCGAGUCCCGUAACCGCCCCCUGCCCAGGAACAACACAAGCACAGGCACAACAAGCAUCAAAGCAAUCAACAGCGACCCAAUCAGAAGUUUGAUCGCCGAGAUGACAAAACCAACCAAAGCUUUGGUCCCGGCUCCGCUUAUACCGAAGGAGCCGCCUACCGGCUACUCCUACCAGCAGAUCAACUGUCUGGACAGCAUCAUAAGGUACUUGGACAGCUGUAACAUUCCUAACACUGUCAAAAGGAAGUGUGGCUCCUACACCGCCUCCUCCACGUCUGACGAGCACAAACAGCAGGAGGCCAGCAACAACACUGGUGGUUCAGUUAACCUUGUAAGUGAACCACCUCCUCUGCCUCCCCUGACCAUGGCCACAAAGGCAGAGAGUGUAGCCUCAGUCACGUCGCAGUGUAGCUUCAGCAGCACCAUCGUGCAUGUGGGAGACAAGAAGCCUCCUGAGUCAGACAUCAUCAUGGAGGAGGCUCCUACAACGACACCAACGCCUCCCACAGCAACACCUCUCGCUCACGCGGCAAUCACCUUCCCUUCUCUACUUUCCCCUCCCCCCAAAGCCGCUCAGGCAAAGAGGGACAGUCGGAGAAGUGGAAGUGUGGGAGGAGGAGGAGGAGGGAGCUGCAUGGAUCUCACAAAGGAGGUGCUAUCUGCCCACACCCAGCAGGAGGAGCAGACAUUCCUUGACCACUUUAAGGACCUCAGCAAGCUGCGUGUUUUCGAUCAGGCGACAUCUUCGACUCUGCACUGUCAGACCCCAGCCGCCAACCCCCUGUCACGAGGAGUGCGUUGUUCUCGGGAUUACCCCGCCGCAGGAAGCAGCACCAGUCAAAGACGUGGUCGUGGCGGUAAAAGACUCAAGCACCAGGAGUCGUCAGACCAGCACAGCUCUCUGGGGUUCGACCCCAGGACCAGCACAGCUCCCAUGCCCCUCAACAUCCCCAUCGGACCCCCGACAAACUCGUCCUCCUGGCCGUCUGUAGUCUCUCAGGCCAGCAUUCCCGCCGCCCCUUUUGCUCCUGGGAUGCUUCCAAUCUACCCAGUUUACCCACCGCUCGCCCAGCCCUUAUCCGUCCCAGAUCCAUCGCGUUUCCCCCCCACCCAGAUGGUACCUCCCAUGAUGGCCCUCGUUCUCCCCAACUACAUGUUCCCCCAGAUGGCGGCGCCCAUCUCUCAGCCAGGCCCCGUCCCCUUCUUCAAUCCUAACUUCACGUACCCCGCCGCCACCCAACGCGCUAUCCCCGCUAUCGUUUCAAACCCCUUACCGAUUCCGGCCACCUGCGCCCCGUCUCGUAGCAGCACCCCACAGUCCUACAGCCAGACGCCUGCUGACGCCGGGUCCCCCCUCUUCCAGUCCAGAUGCUCCUCACCUCUCAACCUUUUGCAGCUGGAGGAAGCACCAAGCAACCGCUUAGAGGUCACCACGGCCCUGGUAGCAACACAGCAAUCCACGCCUUCUGUGCAGGGCUCAGCCAAUCAGAGGAUCUCUGAUGAGACCUCCAAGGAGAACGAGAACGGUGAAGCUAAUGAGUCCAACAACGAUGCCAUGUCCACCUCCAGCGACCUGCUGGAUAUGUUGCUACAGGAAGACGCCCGCUCAGGCACCGGCUCAGCCGCCUCUGGUUCAGGGUCGUCAGGCACGAGGUCCUCUGGUUCAGGCUCCGGCUCAAACGGCUGCAGCUCCUCGGGCACCAGCGGCAUGAGCAGCAGCCAGGGCAGCCACACCAGCAAGUACUUUGGCAGCAUCGACUCGUCAGAGAACGAUCAUUCCCGCAAACAGCCAGCAGGGGGCAGCAGUAGCGCCGGAGGAGAUGGCGCUGAGGAGCAGUUCAUCAAGUGUGUCCUGCAGGACCCCAUCUGGCUGCUGAUGGCCAACACCGACGACAAGGUUAUGAUGACCUAUCAGCUGCCCGUCAGAGACAUGGAGACCGUGCUGCGAGAGGACCGCGAGGCCUUGAGGAGCAUGCAGAAACAGCAGCCACGCUUCACCGAGGACCAGAAGAGGGAGCUGAGCCAGGUGCACCCCUGGAUCCGCACAGGACGCCUGCCCCGAGCCAUCAACAUCUCUGGCUGUACGGGCUGCAAGUCUCCGCCUCCCGCCGCUCCGUCAGAUGUGGAGAUCCACGAGAUGGAGCUGUGCAGUGUGCUGAAAGCUCAGGAGGAGGGCGCCAGAGAGGGCACGACAACUCUGCCAGAGACAGCCAUGGAUGAAGCUCACCUAGAGGACAAAGAAGAAGAGAAAUGAACACAAGACAUGGCCGCAGAGGAGCAGCAAGAUGUGAAAGAAAAGUCAGACAUGACUCACUAAGCAGAUGGCCAAAGAUAAAGAACACUAUCACGGACGUUUCUACGCCGAUAGGCAGAAAAUGUUCACCUUCCAGCACUUCCUGUGCCCAAAACAAUUUUUACACAAGGUGUAACAUGGUUAAAGUGGGAUUUGCCGGGAGCAAAAAGAUGGAUAUUGAUCGAGACAACUUCCAUUUGUUGUUGGACAGGUCAGCCUGGACACUUAGCCCGGUUCAUUCUUCACAAAGUCCGACUUUGACGACCGCACAGCAGGCGUGUUGUACGACUGUACACUGAAUGCCUUGGAAGCACUUCACUUUCCUUGUUCUUGUAGUUCUUAGCAUAUUUGCUGAAGUUGUAAGAUAAUCAGAGAGGACUAAGGUGAAUGUGUUUCGACGAAGGCGCCUUUACGUAAAGAUGGAUGUGCUUCACCACAGUGUCCUCCCUCACGUUUUCCCUCCUGUUUAGGGUUGAGCUCGUGAGGAAAAGAAGGGAGUUUAUCUGUGACUCUUCUUGUUGAAUGUUUCCAAGGUUGUGUGGGAUCCUGCUCCCAGUCACAUUAUUUUUUUUCUCUUAUGUAAAAAUAAUAAUUAAAGAAGAAGCCGCAACUGUCACCUUAUAGACAAAAUGUACAGUGGAAACCAGGUUAUUUUGUAAACAAUGUGUAUAUUUUUAUACUGUCAUCCCCCUCAAAUAGAGAGGAUAUAUGCCCAUAAGAGGUUCUACUGGAAAAUGUGAAAAUCCAGGAUCGAAAUAGUGUCCGCACGGGAAGAAGAAGAAAUAAAAACAUGCACUUCAGUCUUUGAAACGGAGAAUAAAGUUUCUCGGGACCCAGCAAUCUAGUUGCUUUGCUUGAGAGAUGUACAGUUAAUCGUGGGGCAACGUGGCAAUCGCCAGGAGACUAAAUGUGGACUUGAAAGGUUUCUUCCUUGGCCGGGCAUUGGUUUGUCUCCCCCACAGGGAGAAAUGACCAAUGAUUCUCUCACAGACAUCACAGACAGUAUUUCCCAAACUGCCAGCACCGAAGGAAGCUCCGGUGUUGCCAGUGCUUGCUCACGUUGGCGAGUGGAUUUGAAAGAGGAAGUAACUCUCUAAGAAGAGUGUUUGUUUACUAUCUUUCUUCCCCUCUGUCCCUUUCGUGCUCUCUCUCUCUCUUCCUCUCUGUGGCACUGUUCUGGUCGUGUGAUAUCCUUUGCUUUAUGCCGUCAGUGGUGUCAGUUUCUAAAUAUUUUUGUGAAAUUCUUUGUACAAUAAAAUGACUAAAUAAAUCAUUGAAA